CAUUUAGUACUUUAUAAGUGAGAAGUAAUAGUUUGUAAUCUAUUCGAAAUUUAACAGGAAGCCAAUGUAGGGACGAUAGGAUUGGUUAAGGAAACAGUUUCCUUGUCCUUAAUUUUAGGCAACAGGUGUGUCUGAUUUGUGGGACUGAUCAGUGUUGGAUUUGGUUCAGGGGUCCAGUCCAGAGAUCCAGCAGGCGGUACUUGUUAUUUAUUUUUAUUUUUUUUAAUAAAUCAAGUAUACAAUUUAGUUUAGGCAAAACCAGUAUAACAUUUCAAGAGUGCAGCAAACUUUAUAAAUAAUUUUGUAGCAAAUGUUGUGUCAAAGAACCUUUUCCUUUUUUAUAUGAAAUGUUAUUACAUUAAAUUAAAUUACAUAUUAUACAUAUAAGCCUAUUGUUUUUUUUCUUGUAAAAUUUAUAUUAAAAUAAAUAAAUCAAUCAAUAAAAUCUAUCACUUCUAGUUUGCACUAUGGCACGCGGUCGUGUGACGUCAGGGUUUUCCGCCAGGACAGGAUUUCCGCUUCUUACCGGAAGUCUUAUAUUUGGCCUAAGUGUAGAAGGAGACAUGGCCGCUUCCAUUGUGUACGGCUAAGCUAACUCAGUGUUGGAUUGGAUUUAUUUUCAUGUACAUUGUCGGAGAUCUUAGUAAGAUACGGCGUGUUUGCGGUAAGCAAAUGUUUUAAGAUGUUCACUAUUAGCGCGCGUUUUGAAUAAUUAAGAGCCGCACGAAAGCGAGGAAAGAACGGUUAUUUAGCCAGCUAGCGCUGUAUUAGCAUCGGUUCGUGUCUGUAGUUAGUCGUUACCGGGGCUCGUUGUCUUUCUUGUGCCUUGUACUUUACCGCUUCGUAGUACGGCACGUCAAUGCCCGAGCAAGGCCCCAGGAUGAACGGCUUUUCGCUGGGCGAGCUGUGCUGGCUGUUCUGCUGCCCGCCGUGCCCGAGCCGCAUCGCCGCCAAGCUUGCCUUCCUGCCGCCCGAGCCCACCUACUCGGUGCACACGGACGCCGAGGGCGCGUGCAGCCUGCACUUGAGCGAGCGAGCGGACUGGCAGUACUCGCAGCGCGAGCUCGACGCCGUCGAGGUGUUCGGCACGCGCACGAGCCGUGGCAACCGCGUGCUCUGCAUGUUCGUCCGCUGCGCGCCUGCCAGCCGCUACACGCUGCUCUUCUCGCACGGCAACGCGGUGGACCUCGGCCAGAUGUGCAGCUUCUACAUCGGCCUCGGCUCGCGCAUCAACUGCAACGUCUUCUCCUACGACUACUCGGGCUACGGCGUGAGCACCGGCAAGCCGUCUGAGAAGAACCUGUACGCGGACAUCGAGGCGGCCUGGCAGGUGCUCAGGACAAAGUAUGGCGUGACUCCAGAAAACAUCAUCCUGUACGGCCAGAGUAUCGGCACGGUGCCAACGGUGGACCUGGCGGCACGGUACGAGUGCGCAGCGGUCAUCCUGCAUUCUCCUCUCAUGUCCGGACUGCGCGUGGCCUUCCCCGAUACGCGCAAAACCUACUGCUUCGAUGCUUUUCCUAGCAUUGACAAGGUGUCCAAGGUGGCCUCUCCGGUCCUCGUGAUUCACGGCACGGAGGACGAGGUGAUCGAUUUCUCGCACGGCCUCGCCAUCUAUGAGCGAUGCCCGCGCGCCGUGGAGCCGCUGUGGGUGGAGGGCGCGGGGCACAACGACAUCGAGCUGUACGCGCAGUACCUGGAGAGGCUCAAGCAGUUCAUCUCUUUCGAGCUGGCUACCUCUUGAAAGCACACCGCAGCACACUGUACAACAUCACGGCACACACUGCGAUGAGCUCCUCUCGGCUCUUUCCACACUGAGCCGAGGAUCAGCGUCAAGGAUUUGCACUUGCUGACACAAAUUCUGGACUAUUCGUGGGUUUUUUUUGUUGUUUUUUUAAGUGUAUUAAGGAGUGGGGCAUUUCCAUUUCUGCGUAAAGGAAAAGCCUUUUAUUGAUGUGUUUUUUUUUAAUUAUUGAUUCUUUUCUACUGAAUGAAGAAAACUUUAAAGUGCACCACAUACUUUAUAUAUUUUGUGUUUUUUUGAUUUGUGAAGCUGAUUAUUAAUUUUUUUUUUCUUGUCUGUGUGUGUAAAUACCCAGCAGGGGUAAGUCGGUGGAUGCACUUUUAUUGUGCGAUGUUUGGGUGACCAAUUUUUCUUUUCAGUUUUUAUCAUUUCUAGGCAUUCCAUUGGUCAAGUUAGAUUUUCUUGACUAAGGUGAAAGAUAAUUCGCUCACAAAUUGUGUGUGUGUGUGUGUGUGUGUGUGUGUGUGUGUGUGUGUGUGUGUGUGUGUGUGUGUGUGUGUGUGUGUGUGUUUUUUUUUUUUUUUUUUAGCCAGUAAGUGAAGGAAUACUACCACUGAAAACGCAUCAAUGUCACAUGACUGAUCGAACCACUACAUCGUUUCUGGCUCUGGAGCAUGGUGCUGUGUGUUACUACAGUAAUCAGGGCAUUGUUUUGUGCAUACACACUACAUAAAUAAGGUUGUUCAUAUAUGGGAAAAUCUCGGUCUCCGUUUCGGCGCCAGUGCCACAGUAAGCCUUACGCUCUCGGACAUUUCUGCCGUCUAUCAUUUCUCGGGAGCCGGCUUUUCUCAAGGUUUAAUACUAGCUGCUACUCUUCCGAUGAGAAAAAUAAAAUCACUGUGAGACUGGACUGGCAAAACAAUAAGGGUACAAGGUGAAUCAUAUUGAGCCAAAAAAAAAAAAAAAAUCUCACCCACCCCAAAUUUUUGCAGCUGCUUCCUCAUUCUUGAUAUCAUCUACUGACCCGAAUGGACUCUAACCCUAAACACGGAGACAUGAUAACACUAAAAUGCUUCAAGUGCUUAUAUUUCAGUGCUAGCUUUGCAAAUGUUAAUGUAUUCAGGGGUAGCACUAGACACUAGAAGAUACAAUAGUUUAAUUAACAAGAAGGAACUCGGUUUAUUCAAAGUAGCUGCAAUUAAUGUGUUGCAACUUUUGAAGGGUAUUUUAUAUAUUUUCUUUUAUUUUGAGCAAAUGGGCUGAACUUAUCGGUCUGUCAUCUGUGUAUUGCUGUAAGAUAACACUGCAGUGGCAGAUACACGUGGUACAGGACAUUAUCGUGUUUCUCCACAAGUCCUGAACCAAGUAUGAAGCUUUUUUUUUUUUUCUUUAUCCUCAGUGGAGGGUUUUGGGAUUUUUCAUUUUUUGGGGGUGGGGGGCUACGGAGACCACUCUUAGGAAUCCACUGAACCCAGCCCUAACUGAGCCCCGCUCUUGCUUUUGAUACCGACGUUUUUAAACAACGUUUUUCCAGUACUUAUUAAUAUUAUCUUUACACCUCUUUUAAUGCUGGUUUGUAAGAUAAUCGUACUGUACACAUCAUCUCUCCCGUCGAUAGAUACGUUAAAACGGGAAACUGUAUUUAGUCUUUUUAAUGAUUUUGACACUGGAAUUGCUGUAUGCAAGUAUGAUGCCGGAAAAAAGAAGAAAAAAUAGUUGGUACAAAAUGUGCUAGUGUAAUUUUUAUUUUUAUUUUUUUUUUCCUUAGAUGAAAUGAAAAAAAGCCUUAAAUGUGCUGUGAGACAGAUUUAUUACUCACUUGAUGUUGGCUGUUGCCUCAGAGCAACCCACUGGAUGUUGUAUUGCUAUAUAAUGGAAUAAAGGAUGCAUGGAAUAUUGAA